UUCAGAGGCGAGGAUCACGAGGCCGUCUGGAUAAAAGCAGGAGUUCAUUUCAUUUCAUUUAGCAUUAUCUUGGUCUGCUGCCAACACUUGAGUCCAAAGAUGAGCGUAGAAACUGAAGAAGAGCAGCUUCUUCUUCAUGCUAAAGAAGGAAACUGCCUUCUUGUUAAAAAGUUGCUUCAAACAAGAGUAAAUGAAAACUCCUCCCUCAACAUCAAUGUUAGAUCUGGGAAUAACAGCACCUCGGGGUGGACAGCUCUCCAUCUAGCUUGCAACGGUGGUCACAUGGAUGUUGUGGAGGAGUUACUGAAGGCUGGGGUGGAUGUGAAUUUGCAGGAUAACUCUGGUGACACCCCUCUACACAAAGCAGCACUUGCUGGAAGAAAGGAGAUUGUUCUGUUGCUGCUUCGCUACAAUGCCUGUGCCAAUAUAAUCAACGGGACAGCUCAAAUCCCCAAAGAUGUCACAGAGGAUGAUGAAAUCAUCACGAUGCUGGAAGCUGCGGAGAGGAGGGAGGCGAGACGACGGGAGCAGAAGCUUCUGGAUGCUGCUAGAGAGGGAGAUCUCUCCACUCUGUCAAAAUUGCUAAGUGGAAAGGAAGUUCCAGAUCUCCACUGCAGGGACUCAGUGGGGAACACACCUUUACACUGUGCAGCCUACAGGGGGCAGAAGCAGUGCGUUAUUAAGUUGCUGAAGUCUGGAGCCAGCCCGGAUCUCACAAAUAACAAUGAACAAACGGCGUUGGACCUGGCUCGUACUGCUGACCUGAAACAGAUUAUAGCUGCAUAUCAAUGUAAGGAUGUGACCGGUGGGGUUCAGAAAAUGGAGGGCCCACUUUGGAAGAGCUCAAGUCUUCUUGGUUGGAGAUCCCACUGGGUGGUUGUAGAAAAUGGAACGAUCUCCUGGUACCCCAAACGAGCAGACGCACAGGCUGGCAUUCGAAAACAAGGCUCUAAGUCUCUUUUACAAGCUCAUUGCAUGGUCAAACCGUGGGAUCAUUGCUUCUUUGUGCUCCGCUGCUUUGAUGACACAGUGCAUCAUUUCAAGGUCCCUUCAAAUUUAGACUCAAUAUCAACAAGAAAAAGAUGGCUGGGUGCUCUGGAGGAGCACGCAUGUUACGGCACUCAUCACUGCAUCCAAGACCCGAUCGUUUAUGAUGACAUUGGCGAUGUUGAAAUGGGGAAUCUGACACAAGCUGUUUACGCAGCCAAGUCCUACCAACAGAAACUGCAGAGUCAAGUAUCAAUAUUUGAGUCCAUGGUGAAAAAUGAGAUUAGUUCAUUAACUGCACCUCUUCUACUGAAAGCCAAAGAGACAAGUGAACUUUCAUGUAAAACCUGCGAUGCUCUCCAGAUGUGCCUCGAACUGCUGUCCAAACAAAUGGAGGUGUGGAGCCUCAAAGUAGAGCAGGAGGAGGAGAAGAACAAAGCUCUGACGGAAACUCUAGAGAAUUUGGCUGCUGACCACUAUGAACUGAAGUGCUCCUUAAAUGAGAAAGAGAGGUCUGAGUGCUUCACCCUCACUGAAGAUGACUUCUUCGAUGCUAUAUCAGAGUCUGACUCAGAGCUGUCUGUGAGCGGCUUCCGGUCUGUGGCCAGCUACUCCUUUGAGGAGGACGAGGGCGAAGACUCGCCAUUUCAAAACAGCCUCCACCAUCCUAGCGUGUGCCGGGGUGCUGCAGGAAUGUCAGGGGAAGGUAACCAUGGCAACCAAGCAGCCCAGCACAACGGAGUGAGGAAGCACAGAGCCUCUCUCCCAGCUCCCAUGUUCUCCAGGAAUGAUGUGAGCAUCUGGAGCAUCCUGAAAAAGUGCAUCGGCAUGGAAUUAUCAAAGAUCGCCAUGCCGGUGGUGUUCAACGAGCCCCUGAGCUUCCUGCAGCGGCUCACAGAGUACAUGGAGCACACCUACCUCAUCCACCAGGCCAACGCUGCUACAGACUCUGUCGAGAGGAUGAAGUGUGUUGCAGCGUUUGCUGUGUCAGCUGUAGCAUCACAGUGGGAGAGGACUGGAAAGCCCUUCAACCCACUGCUGGGGGAGACCUUUGAGCUGAUCAGAGAUGAUUUGGGCUUUAGGUGGGUGUCAGAGCAGGUAAGCCACCACCCUCCGAUCAGUGCCUUUCAUGCCGAGGGCCUCCAGGAAGAUUUUGUCUUCCACGGUUCGAUAUAUCCCAAGCUCAAGUUCUGGGGGAAGAGCAUCGAAGCGGAGCCCAAAGGAAUCAUCACGCUGGAGCUGCCAAAAUACAAUGAAGCCUACACCUGGACCAACCCCACCUGUUGCGUCCACAACAUCAUUGUCGGUCAGCUUUGGAUCGAGCAGUAUGGCAACGUGGAAGUGAUCAAUCACAAAACUGGCGAGAGAUGCAGCAUGACAUUCAAGCCAUGUGGCCUCUUUGGAAAAGAGCUCCACAAAGUCGAGGGAUGCAUCCAAGAUAAAAGCAAAAGGAAGCUCUGUACAAUAUAUGGCAAGUGGACUGAAUGUUUAUAUGCAGUCGACCCUGCGAAGUUUGAUGCCUACAAAAAGAUUGAUAAAAAGAAUUCGGAGGAGAAGAAGAGCAACAAGGCGACACAGAAGUGUGUGGAUGAGGAGUCUGAAGAGAUGCCUCCUCCUGAUGCUGAGACGGUCCAGGUUAUCCCGGGAAGCGAGCUCAUCUGGAAGAUAACACCCCGACCAGGAAACUCACCGAAGUUUUAUGCAUUCUCCACAUUUGCCAUGCAACUCAAUGAGCUGGACAAGUGCAUGGAGGGAAUCCUGCCUCCCACUGACAGCCGCCUCAGACCGGACAUCCGCGCCAUGGAGAACGGAGAUAUAGAUCUGGCAAGUGCAGAGAAGAAGAGACUUGAGGAGAAGCAGCGAAUGGCUCGUAAAAAUCGUUCCAAAUCAACAGAGGAGUGGAAGAUCAGGUGGUUUCAGCAAGGACCCAACCCACACACUAAAGCUCAGGAUUGGAUCUACCUUAAAGGCUACUGGGACAGGACUUACACUCAGCCACCUGAUAUCUACUAAAUGUAAAAUCUAGCAGAAAUAAACACAUGGUUUCCUAUUUUACCACCUUUUGGACACCAGCUGCUGCAGGAGCGAUUACACGCUGCAGCAUUUGCAACUAAAUAAUGGAGUUAGAACAGGAGAUAUUGUGUCAGGUUCAGUUAGUGGAGAAAAACAGAAUAUCUGUGUGAGCAAUAAAGCACAAAAGCCCUCAUUUAUGGUGGCUUUAACCACUUGAUAUUAGCAUGUAGUUGAACAAGUAGAAUGUAUUUUAGGACUAUUACUCGUUAGAUGGAGUGUUUAACCAGCUACUUUCAUUUUAACUGUAGUUUGCUGAUUAUUUCCACUCAGUCAUGGGAACACUUGACUCAUCAGUGUGAGAAAGCGGUGAGGAGGCAACAGCCCUUCAAACUGUGAGGAUGGAGCUCAUGUUAUUCACUCACAGCUUCCACACUGAUUGACACUUGUGCAUGCAUAUUAUUAUGCAGUGCCGAUUUUUAUUUUAAAUGAACCUUUGGCAGACAUUUGGCUUUAUUUUUACUCUGUACAUUGAGUGGGUAAAUAUCUGGUGUUUAUAUGAAUGUGGUAGAACUUUUUGCAUAUUUUAAAAGGUUCUUGUCAGCUUCUGUUUGGCUGUGUCCAAGCAAAGGUGUGUGCUAGUAAAAGAUCUGGUGAGAAAAUGACUUGUAUAGUAAUAUGCUGUAGUGAUAAUGUAUAAUGAUCGACCCUGUAGCACUUUGUAUGGAUUUAAAACAAGAAAACGAUUCUGCUCUUAACUCGUGUGUGUGUGUGCGCGUGUGUGUGUGUGUGUGUGUGUGAAGUGUAAAGGUUUUGCCAUGGAAAAUACAACUGAUGUAGAUAGUAGGAACAUUGGUCUGUCAUGGCAAAUGCAUGUGCAUAAAUAACUAUGCAAGCCUUACCUCGUUCACAGUCCAGCACUGAACAUGUCUCCUCUUAGAAAGCUGCUUCAUGUAGACGUUUUUGGUUUUUCCGUUACCAACUACUGACAAACAGAAUUUCUAUUGUUGCUAAAUAAAUAAAACUAUGAACAAAA